UCCUCUCUCUCUCUAUGGCCAUGGAGGAGGAGACGAAGAAGAAGAAGCAAGGUAGCUGUAUUCCCAUCUCUCUGUCAUCACCGCCAUCGUCGGCAGUGCUGGGCAUGCACAGGGACUCGCAGGUGAUAUCAAAGCCCAAGCCCAAGAUUCGCAUAAUCCACAUAUUUGCGCCGGAGAUCAUCAAGACCGACGUCGCCAAUUUCCGGGAGCUGGUCCAGAGGCUCACCGGUAAACCCUCCGACAAGAACGCCGUUUCCGGAAAUCGCAACAACAAGAGUAGUGCUAAACCAAGAUCAACGCUACCCAGACCAUCAUCAUCAUCCAAAGACCAUCAUCAUCAUCAUCAUCACCAUCAUAAUCGUCAAGAGCUAAUUGUAAGAGAGAAAAUAAACGUCAAGGACGAAGAAGAGGAAGAAGAAGAAGAAGAGAUGUGGGGAUCCGCCGGAGAAGGGUUUUUGGGGGGUUUUGGGGAGUUAGAUGGGUUCAUGCAUGAAUUUGGGGAAUACUCAUUACUGCCUUUGGAUGCUUCUCACUGCAGCUUCGAUCUGUUUGCUGAAACUCAUCGAUCGUCUUCUUCUUCGUCUGCUAUUUAA